CUAAGGGCACUGAGUCCUAUUGCUCAAGAUCAACCCGUCCUCCGUUAAGCUGAAUGAUAUAAAUGAACAUGAGAAGAACGAGCGAAUGAUUUCUUGAAGGUCAAGCAUAGCCAACAGCGAACUCCUCUGGAAGGGGCAACGGUAGAAUCGUUGAAUCAUGUCCCUUGUGAUCUCUCCAUUGUACGGACUCCGGUCCGUGAGCAAUCGGGCGAAUUGUGAUGCUUUCGCAUGACAUUCCAGACCUACCUCAGAUAUAAAGCUAUGCGGGACGCCCGGACUGACCUCAGCUCACUCCAAUCGAUACAUCAUGUUGAAGCCUGAGCUUGGUCCUUGCCCUCCGCGGUUCGUCGAGAUCAAGCAGGAGAUCGCUGCCUCCUACCCUGAUUUCCAGCAGCGCGUCACUAAGGCGUGGAAUGAGCUCCUCGCUGAGCUCGACCAGGUCACUGCGGAGAUUGCGAAGGAGGGUACCAACUACGUGCCGCAGGUCAAGUUCUCCGAGCUCGCUACGCUGAACCCCGAGCGUGUGGAAGAGAUACGCCGCAAGGGAAGCGUCAUCAUCCGGGACGUAGUCGACGAUAUAGAAGCGGCAUCCUGGAAGGACUGGUUGCAAGAAUACGUCACUACCAAUCCUGGCAUUGAUGGCUUCCCGGCGGACGAUAAGCAAUUCUUCCAGCUGUACUGGACUAAAUCACAAGUCCGGGCUCGCGGCCACCCUAACGUCCUUGCGGUGACGAGCUGGCUCAACAACAUGUACCACGUGAGAUCAGACGCCAAGAUAGAGAACGUCGACCUCUCGACGUCGCUCACCUAUGCAGACCGGUUCCGUAUCCGUCAUCCGGGUGUGCAGUGGGACGCCCACCCUCCUCACGUCGAUGGUGGAGGAAUUGAGCGAUGGGAGGAUCCUACCUUUCGUAACUGUUUCGCAGAGCUGCUGAGCGGCGACUGGCGCAGCCACGACCCGUACGACCUCGAGAACCGUAUUAAUGCUCGCACGUCGAUGUACGGUCGCGUCGGACAGUCUACGGUAUUCCGUACAUACCAAGGCUGGCUCGCUGUGAGCGAGACCGCUCCCCGUGAAGGAACGCUGCAGGUCUUCCCGAACGUGUAUCUUUCCAACGCAUAUACGAUCUUGCGUCCAUUCUUCAGGCAAAUUCCGGGGACUGAAAACGCUCUCGAUCCCAAGAACUGGGAGUAUGACAUUUCGUCUUCUGACUUCCCUGGGGUCUACUCGGCGGGAUCUGGGUUCCGCGGACCCUGGCCGAACGCGAAGACACAUCCACACAUGAAGCUCGACGAGACAAUGGUAUCUGUGCCUAAGGUUUGCCCUGGCGACAUGGUCUUCUGGCAUUGCGACGUUGUCCAUGCCGUUGAGAAGGAGCACAUUGGUAACGGUGAUUCCGCUGUCAUGUACAUCCCGGCUGUCCCCCUUACCCCGCAGAAUGCUGCGUACGUCGAAAGACAGAAGGAGCGUUUCGUGCAGGGCCUUCCGCCCCCUGACUUCCCUCCGGGCAAGGGCGAGAUCGACUACGCUGGCGUGGGCAGACCGGAGGACAUCGAAAGUCCAGUGGGAAAGAGGGCAAUGGGCUUCGCGAUUCAGGUCGUAUGAGAAGACUGCGGCAAUUGGAAAUCCUAAAGCUUCUCAUUGCCAUAUGUAUAUGCUGCUUGGAAGGCCUGGCGUUUACUAGAAGUGUGCGCAGUAUCAUGUUCUGAUUGAUUUAGAUACAUGGUCUACAUUCUCUUCCACACAAUCACCACUUCGCGUACGGCAAGAACUUACCACUAACAGGGAGGAAGCAGAUUGAGUUAGAUCCAGAGAUUGUUGAAGUAGGACAUACUCGAAUGUCAAGACGACUCUGUCCCCCUUGGGAUCUGGCUUGCGAGCAAUAUUGACUUUGCAAUCGAUCAUGGAC